UGCGUUCUGUAGCGCUAGUUCUCUGCAAGGUUUGCUUAGUGUCAUUUCAUUUCGGUUUCUUUUCUCGCUAUGUUUUUCUGUCGGAAUUACGGUUCGUUUUGGCUCUAUGUACUCUCUAAAAUGUUAUCGUUUUUCAUUUGUCUACUAAUUUUCGUGCAUUUGUUACUACUGAGUUUCUUAACAUCCGACUGGCCUCCGCCCACGGGCUCUGGAGAGCAUAAAUACUCAGGCUGAUGUUAGUGCAGCAGACUCUCCCUCCUUCAUCAGCGCAAACGUUGGUCUGUGGCUUAAGCGAUGGAGCAACAUUUUCUUGGCGGUGUGAAGCGGGCUUGGGAUGCCUCAGAGGUGGCGCCGGAGCCCCAGCCUCCACCUACUGUGAGUUCAGAAGAUCGUGGGCCGUGGCCUCUUCCUUUGUAUCCGGUACUAGGAGAGUACUCAUUGGACAGCUGUGAUUUGGGACUGCUUUCCAGUCCUUGCUGGCGGCUGCCCGGAGUCUACUGGCAAAACGGACUCUUGCCUGGAGUCCAGAGCACCUUGGAACCAAGUACAGCGAGGCCCACUGAGUUCAGUUGGCCGGGGACGCAGAAGCAGCAAGAGGCACCCGUAGAAGAGGUGGGGCAGGCAGAGGAACCCGACAGACUCAAGCUCCAGCAGCUUCCCUGGUGCAGGCCUCCCCAUCCCGGGGACAGACAGCAGGACACCGAGGUCUGUGACAGCGAGUGCCUUUUGGAACGCCGCCAUCCUCCUGCCCUCCGCCUGCGGCGCCACCUCCCGGGUUUCUCAGACUGCCUGGAGUGGAUUCUUCGCGUUGGUUUUGCCGCGUUCUCUCUACUCUGGGCGUGCUGCCCACGGAUCUGUGGAGCUAAGCAGCCUUAGAUAGCAGCAGAAGGCUUUUUGGAUUCUCCUCCUUGAAAAGAUUCUCAGUUACCAAACGUCUCCACCUAGAAAAUAAAAAUACGUUAAGACGUGCUUUCAUUGCUGGUCGUCAGUUUUUAAAUUCUCUUUUCCCUGACGUUUUUUUCUUGUUUCGCGUCGCUUAUUACUUUCAGUUUCCUUGCAUUUUACACAUUUAUAUUUAUUUCAUUAAAUAUUUCAUUCGUAUCUGUUUUAACUUUGACAAAUCUAUUUUACGAUUGUAGAAUUCUUAGAGUUUUCGGCAAAUUUAAAAUUUGUUUUUUCCAUUGUAUUUUUAAAUCUUAUUCCUAUUUUUCUAAUUAUUGCUUUUUAAAUAUAUUGUUUGUUUACAUUUAAUUUUA